UCUUUGAUGGUCUAAUGGCCAUGAUUUCCGCUUGUCAUGUGACAAUAGGUAGAGCAUGUAUCCAGAGACAUAACAAAAGUUUGGGUGGCGAUAUACUUGCCGCCUUUCAACUCUAUUCAGCUAAACAACGGAAGUGCAAAAAAGAAAAAAAAGGCAAAAAUAUAUCUAUCUGAGCAUGAGCUCAGAGAGGUGGUAAUCUCUCUGACGGGGAGUCGAACCCCGGUCUCCCGCGCUUUGUCACAUGACAAGCGGAAAUCAUGACCGUUAGACCAUCAAAGACUUUGGACGGUAAACCCCUAACGGGUUACAAGAACUGGUGCUGCUUUUCGUGAGUUUUUCCGGAGCUAGUAAACAAAAAGUUGAUGCCUGGCUUCGGGGUCCGGUUUUAUCAUUCUCCGAUUCCUGAGCCCAGUUUCUCGCUGGCACAAAAGACUGUUUUUAGAAUUAUGCACAACACGGCUUCUUGCUUUCCGUCCACUGUGGGUGGUUAUCAGCCCGUCCAACACGGUUUCCUGCUUCCCAUCCUCUGUCGGUGGCCAUCGCCCCUGCGCUCGGAAAUGAAGGGUUUUGAGCGCUUACAGAGCCGAAACGAUUGGCCAGCUGAGGCUGAUCUCCGCUGGUUUUACCCUCAAGCUGCUACAAGGUCCACACCCCUUCGCUUGGGGGGCCUAAGAGCCCAUAAAAAACGCGAAACGGUUGGUUGAAUCCGAAAUCUGCCUGGGGCCUGUCAAAAGGCCGCAUCCUGUGUCUUUGAUUACGACGACGGCUUCAUGGAAACGCGAAACGGUUGGUCGAUUUUUGAAAUCUGCCUCGAGCCUCUCGUAUGGCCGCAUCCUGUGUAUUCGAUCACGAUAGCGGCUUCCUGGAAACGCGAAACUGUUGGUCGAUUUUUGAAGUCUGCCUCGGGCCUUCCAAAUGGCCGCAUCCUGUGUCUAGGAUCAUGACAACAGCUUCAUGGAAACGGGGAAUGGUUGGCUGGUUACAGAAAUCUGCCUGGGGCCUCUCGAAUGGCUGCAUCCUUUGUAUGCGGUCACGACAGUGGCUUCCUGGAAACGCGAAACUGUUGGUCGAGUUCUGAAGUCUGCCUGGGCCUGUCGAAAGGCUGCAUCCUUUGUCUGGGAUCACAACAACAGCUUCAUGGAAACGGGGGAUGGUUGGCUGGUUACAGAAAUCUGCCUGGGGCCUCUCGGAUGGCUGCUUCCUGUGUCUUCGAUUAUACCAGCAGCUUCAUGGAAACAGGAGAUGGUUGGCUAGCUUCAGAAUUCUGCCUCCGGCCUCUCGAAAGGUCGGAUCCUGCGUCUUCGAUCACGACAGCGGCUAACAGCAACUUCAGACGCGCGAAAACAGUUGACUAGUUCCGUAAAUACUAUCGUGCCAUUCAUCGACUCAGCGUGGCCUCCCCCUAAGUUCCCCAAACAACUUCGUCAGGUUUACCACGAUAUACAACAAUCUACACUGCCCUUCCAAACCCUGAACUAGUAACUGAGACUCUAUACUCCUGACAAAAUUCGUUGGACUAUCGUGGCAACAUGCCGUCUAUCUUGGUAUCGGAUCCUAAAGGUGACAAUCGGUCUUGUCCCGAGGAAGCAGCAAAACGCAAGAGGCCGUACAGUGUUUUUCGAGAAAUCCCUAAUUGGGAUGACAAUUUGCCGCGAAAGAAGCCACGCCUUUCCUCACACAUCGGUGGUUCUUUCUCUCGCUUACCUCCCGAAAUACUUUCGCAAAUUAUAUCCGAAAUUAUAGACCGAAGAACCCUUCUGAGUGUUGGCCAAGUGGAGGCUUUCAAGGGCUUCCUUAACAUGGAUUCUUUCCGUUCUGCCUACACGGAAGAAGUUAGACGGGGAGAGUAUACGUCCGAUAAUGCGAUCGACACCAUUACCAAACACAUAAAAGAACAUCAAGAGGCGGCUCUGAUGAUUUUUGAAGUCACUUGGAAAGGCAUGAUCCGUGAAGGGCAGUUGAAAGGUGCUGUUUCUUUCCUAAACCGCCUUAGUCACGGACUAGAUGAAGAGGAUUUCGACACAGUGCUACUGUCACUGCGAAUUAUGUAUGAUGACAUUGUUCUAGAAACUUCAUGGGAGGCCUGGGCAGCUGCGUUUACAGCAGCAGAUUUCUUACACGAGGAAUAUCGAAAUGAUGACACCAUAAAGAUGAUCAGAAGGAUACGGCAUGGAGCUGUUUCUAAACGGCAACAAAUACUGGGUCAGAGCGCUUCAAAUGGUCAGUGGAGCAACGCCUACCUUGUGUUAAAUCAGUUACAAAGGUAUUAUGAACUGGAGAAGAGGAUGAAUUUCCACCAUCUUGAAGCGAAGCAAUUUGAAAGAACGAAGAAACUUAACGACGACCUAGCUGAAGUGCUUCACGUAACGCUCAAUCUUGCUGUCCAGGAACAUCAAUGGGUCGAAGCCUCUAAUCAAGUAUUUGAACUGGUAAAGCUUAAUGCAGACAUUCACAGUUUAGUACGAAUACUUGAAACGAUCUGCAGUGGUGCCAUUUCAGAGGAUCGGUGGCAGGAUGCUACCGAAACAGUACGUGUGUUCAAAUACAUACCAGACUAUGAAAACGUUGCUGAAGAAUCACUGGACAGACUUCGAAGUCAGUGGUACAGGGCCGAAGGAAUACGAUGGACUUAUGGAAACACUGUCUUUUAACGCUUAAUAUUAUUAUAUGAUUAGACGAAAUAUAAAAUAGUGCCAUG